UCCAGCUAUUUGUAUUUUCGUCAACUAGCACUGCUAGCUUGCUAACGGUGAUUCAUUGCGUUCGUAAAAAAAACGAGUUAGUCAAUCUGAAGGGACAUUUAUUCAUUUGUGUUUGCGUGAAACACACUCCAUCGAUAGCGUGUGCCGAUGUGCAGCCAAUGCCAGCGAAAGGACCGACGAGAGCGAGAGAUCGCUUUGCAUACCGUCCUUUAGCCGCCUCUGAAAGCAGCUAACGUUAACACAGCUAGCACCCUACGUUAGCUGGCUGGUUGACAGCUGGUUCUUUUAGCUACGCGCUUUUUAACAGUAGCGUAGCUGAGGUCUACUCCCCGAAACAAUGAAUUGUCUCUGACAUUGAGAGGACAGAGGCCCAGUUGGUUGUCACAUUGGUGUAACCAGAGCCCGUAACUAGUAAGGUGGAUCUUGGUUGACUCUCCCGUGGUGCCAUCGAAGAUAAGCGGGGGAACCGUAACUCAACUUGCCGAUGCUCCCCUGGUUUUGACCUACCAGAGCUGCCAGUAUGAUGCCGAUGAUAUUGACGGUGUACCUCAGCGAUGGGGAACAGGCUGUGACCGAGGUGCCCAUCACCCCGGAGACGACGUGCCGGGAUGUUGUCGAGUUCUGCAAAGAGCCCGGUGAAAGCGGCUGCCACCUGGCUGAGGUCUGGAGAGGCAACGAGCGAGCGAUCCCCUUCGAACACAUGAUGUAUGAACAUCUGCAGAAAUGGGGGCCGCGGAAACAAGAAGUCAAGUUCUUCCUCCGGCAUGAAGAUUCACCAACUGAGAGCAGUGAUCAAGGGAGUCAGCAGUCUCAGGAUCAGACCAGUCGCAGAAGUGGAAACACUGGAGAGAAGCACAAUGAGAAUGGGGUGGGGAAUCAACGUGUGGAGCUCACGCUGUCAGAGCUGCAGGAGAUGGCCACACGGCAGCAGCAGCAAAUCGAGGCUCAGCAGCAGAUGCUCGUUGCAAAGGAGCAACGUUUGCGUUACCUGAAGCAGCAGGAGCGGCGUCAACAGCAAACCGUUUCAGAGAGCGAGAAGCUGCAGAGGCUGAAGGAUCGCGUGGAGAGCCAGGAGGCAAAGCUCAAGAAGAUUCGGGCGAUGAGAGGCCAGGUGGACUACAGCAAAGUCAUCAAUGGCAACCUGUCGGCGGAGAUCGAGCAAGUUAGCAGCCUGUUCCAAGAGAAGCAGGCAGAGCUACAGUCUGCAGUGUUGAGGGUGGAGCAGCUCAGCCUGCAGCUGGAGGACCUGCGGAGGGGAAAGCUCAACGGCAUACAGACUGCCCUGGGUGGCCAAGUAACCGGCGCCGCAGCCCUAGAGCUCCGUAAACUCUACCAGGAGCUUCAGAUCCGGAACAAGUUGAACCAGGAGCAAAACAGCAAGCUGCAGCAACAGAAGGAGCUUCUUAACAAGCGCAACAUGGAAGUGACGCUCAUGGACAAGCGCAUCAGCGAGCUGCGGGAACGCCUCUACAAGAAAAAAGCUGAGGCACGUCAAAAAGAGAACCUUCCCCUGAACAGAGCAAACGGGCCUCCCUCUCCCCAGCCGGCUCCCGGUACUCUGGGCCGUGUCGCUGCUGUCGGGCCGUACAUCCAAGUCCCCGUACCGGGCCGGCAGGAGGGAGGCUACACCAUACCACCUGAUCCACUGAAGCCUCAGACUCUGGGCGUGAACAACCAAGCCAACCACGGCCGCGCCAAGUCAGCUAAUGAUACUGGUUGGCCUACUGUAGGCAAGACCAGCACAUCUCUAAAGCCUCCUGAGAGACGAGACUCAGGGACUGAUACCCAGGGCAAGAGCCCUCCCUCAGGCUCCCCCGUCGCUCCAAGUGCAGAAAAGGUGCUAGACUCAAAAAUGGCUGUGUCCUCCCCUGCCAUAUCCAAGCCACAGCCGCCUCCCUAUGGCUCGCACCUCACUUCCGCAAACUCUGCCAGCUCCUUGGAGCGCCGCAAGGAUGCGCCUCCUCCUCGCCCACUCCCAAACCCGCCAGCUCCUGCUUGGCCCCACGUCUCCCCCUCCACAGGCUCAUCCUCCCAGCAGAUCCAGCAGCGAAUUUCAGUGCCGCCAAGCCCCACCUUCCAGCCUAAUGUGCCGCUUUUCCCCCCCGGGCUGAGCGAGCGACUGGAUCCUCCACCAGCUUUGGCAGUGCGCCCCUUCAUCCCAGACAGAGGAUCACGGCCUCAGUCGCCCCGAAAGGGCCCACCGACCAUGAACUCCAGCUCCAUCUAUCACAUGUACCUCCAGCAGGCAGCGCCAAAGAGCCAGUCACUCAAGCCUGCUCUCAAAGCAGUAUACGGGAAGCCUGUUCUUCCCCCCAACUCCACACCCCCCUCGCCCCUGCCUUUUGUCCAGGCAGGAGGGGCCUUCCCGUUGCUCCAAGGCCAGCCCAGUGGCGAGGACACUUUUGACGGAGAAUUUGAUGAUCACGAGUGCUUCCAGCACCCGGAGACCUCAGCGCCCCCUCCCAGCGUGGAGAACAUCCCACGACCACUCAGCCCUACAAAGCUAACACCCAUGGUACACUCCCCGCUGCGCUACCAAAGUGACGCCGAUCUUGAGGUUCUCCGUAAAAAGCUGGCCAACGCUCCGAGACCGCUCAAGAAGCGCAGCUCCAUCACAGAACCAGAGGGUCCCAGCGGACCCAACAUCCAGAAACUGCUCUACCAGAGAUUCAACACUCUAGCAGGAGGCAUAGAGGGAAAUGUAGUCAGUGGAUCAGGAGGUGGAAACGGCGCAGGUAAUGGAACGCCGUUUUAUCAGCCAGCUAAUCCCCCUGGAUAUCUGGGAGACGACUCUGUGGCUGAUACAGACAAUGGCAACCUCCCCUCUGAGACGGCGCUACCUCCACCACCAGGGGCGGAGGAGCCGUGCUCCGAGGCUCCACCUCCAUCCACUGACGCCAAUGACAACGAGCCACUGCCCUCACCACCAGAAGGGCUGGGGGAUCCUGCUGAAGCAGAGGGACCAGACGGAGACGACAACAACAACAACGUCGGAAGCUCUGAGGCGUCGCUGCCCAGCCCGGUGCCAGAAGUCACCACCCCAGAAGAGAGCGGCACGGUGGUCUCACAGCCCCUGGAGAAGCGCACAAACCUGAAGAAGCCAAACUCUGAGCGCACUGGGCACGGCUUCAGGGUGAAGUUCAACCCUCUGGCCCUCCUGCUGGACGCCUCACUGGAGGGAGAGUUUGACCUCGUCCAGAGGAUCAUCUACGAGGUAUGUCACGACUGUGUGGAGAAUCCCAGCACUCCCAACGAUGAAGGCAUCACACCCCUGCACAACGCAGUGUGUGCAGGACAUCACCACAUAGUCAAGUUCCUGCUGGAUUUUGGUGUGAACGUCAACGCUGCAGACAGUGAUGGAUGGACUCCGCUUCACUGUGCCGCCUCCUGCAACAGUGUCCAUCUGUGCAAGUUGUUGGUCGAGUCAGGGGCCGCCAUCUUUGCCAGCACAAUUAGCGAUGUGGAGACUGCUGCAGAUAAAUGUGAAGAAAUGGAAGAGGGCUACAUCCAGUGCUCCCAGUUUCUAUAUGGCGUUCAGGAGAAAUUGGGUGUAAUGAACAAGGGGACGGUGUACGCUCUGUGGGAUUAUAAAGCUCAGAACCCAGACGAGCUGGCGUUCAGCGAGGGGGACGCCAUCACUAUCCUGCGACGACAGGACGACAGUGAGACAGAGUGGUGGUGGGCGCGACUUGAGGACAACGAGGGCUACGUGCCCCGCAACCUGCUGGGGCUCUAUCCAAGGAUCAAGCCUCGUCAGCGCUCCCUGGCAUAGUGUCUCACUCCGCUGACCUCUGGCUAACAGCUGGACUAGUGUCAAAACCAAGAGCAGAGAACAAAGGAGCCUGGUGCUCUGUCCUCUCCCCGUGGCCAUAACCUCCCCCGGCCUCGUGCUUCUCACAAAAUCCUUUUCUCUGAAGCAGUGGGCACCGAACUCUGACACAUUUACACAUCUGCACACACGUAGACACGCAGUGAAACACAAGCACUCCUAAUGCGAAAAUCUCUUAAACCACUCCAUCCCCCAACACACAACCUUUAACCCAUUGCUCUGUCAUUGCCCCAACUUGAUUUUCCCCUGACUCAGUGUCAACUCUGUAUCAGAUAUCAACUUGAAGAAUAAAACACUAACCCUUGUCUCAGUAUUUCUUGCAGUGUUCACACUUCUUCAGCCAUCUCCCUAAUGCGUUCUAUGCUGGCACUGGUUUACGUGGUGACUGGAAAAUCAUCUUCAAUGGUGAGAAGUUGCUGAUUUCUGUCAGUGAAAUGUAAUUUGAGUUAUAAGACAUUACGUGUGUUUUGUGUUACGCCGGUUUGCCCCUUGCACGAAAAAAAAACUAAUGCAGAAAAAUGUGCUCUGUGUUCAAUUAUGCUGUAGUCUAACCACCAAAGAUGAAUAUAGAUUUAACAAUUUUAAUUCUAUUACUCCAAAAGACCUUGCAGAAUUGUUGAGGAGCAAGAUAAUCAAAUGAUUUGCUGCUUCUGAUUAACAGCUGCCAGGACUGAUUAACAGUCCUUCCAGAUAUUCUCCUGAGCAGAAAAUAGAAAAUGUUGUAAGUCAUCAGUAUUAACUACAGAGGCCGGUCAGAACAAAUCCAACUUAUUAAAGCAAAGAUAAAUAGAGAUUGACAGCUCACGAAUCGCCUUUCAUGAACUUGAACUGCAAGACGUGUCUUUUCAUUCAGUGUCAUCUGUGCAGAAUGUGGAUGCAGGACUGUUCUGGAUGUGUUGCAAGAACAUUAAUAAACCUUAAACUGCCUGCCAAUCAUAACUGAGGCUUCACUAGAUGAGAUUUCAAGAUGCAUCAGUGUAUCCGAGUGUGGAUUUCUGGUAGUCUGAAUAACCCUGAAAUGAGCAGCCCAUGCCGCAAAAGAUGCUGCCAUGGAAACGGGUUACAAACAGUGUUUUGCUUUGUCUAAAAAAAAAAAAAAAAAAGGUUGCCAAACUGAGAAGCU